AUGGAAAAGCUACAUAAGCUUCGGUUUGUAGACAUUGGUUGGAACAGUUUUGGAAGUGGUGGACCAGACAACUUGGGCUUUCUCUCUUCUUUGACAAAUGCCACCCACUUAACGGAGUUGAAUCUGUACCAUAAUAAGUUUGGUGGAAGACUUCCCGAAUCCAUCUGCAACUUGUCAACAAUGCUCGAAGUAUUCUGUCUUAAUGACAAUUAUAUAGUUGGAAGCAUUCCAGCUGGGAUAGGAAGUCUUAUAAACUUGAAUUCUCUAGUUCUGUCUGUCAGCCAACUCAUAGGCAACAUCCCACCUGAUAUUGGUAAACUUAAAAAGCUAAAUGUAUGGUUUUUUGAUAGAAACAAAUUUACUGGUUUUAUUCCAUUCUCCGUUGGAAACUUAAGCCUUCUACUCGACUUCAGGAUAAGUGAAAACAACUUUCAGGGCAGCAUCCCCUCAAGUUUGGGAAAAUGGAAGAAUUUGUUAUCGUUGGAUCUUUUUGCUAACAAUUUUUGUGGCACCAUACCUCUGGAGGUUCUUUGUCUCUCAUCCUUAUCGAUAUACCUAGAUCUAUCUCAAAACAAUUUGAGUGGUUCCCUUCCCCCGGAGGAGGGAAACUUGAAAAGUUUAGGUCAAUUGGCCGUUUCUGACAAUAUGUUAUCUGAUGAAAUUCCGAGCACACUUAGUAGUUGUGUAAUGUUACAAGUCCUUUACAAGCAAAGAAACUCCUUCCGAGGGCCUAUUCCUUCGUCUUUAAGUUUUUCGAGAGGUAUUCAAGAAUUGGAUCUCUCACGCAAUAAUUUGUCAAAAAAAAUUUCAGAAUAUUUGAUAGGUUUUCAACUGAAGGAGCUAAAUCUAUCUUUCAAUGACUUUGAUAGUGAGGAAAUUUACGGUGAGGGUAGUUAUGGUUCUGUGUAUAAAGGAGUUCUUGAGGACCAGAAUGGAAAUGAAAGUGUAGUUGCCGUAAAGGUCCUUAACCUUUCUCACCAAGGGGCUUCCAAGAGUUUUCUUUCCGAGUGCGAGGCCUUGAGGAACAUUGGACAUCGAAAUCUUGUCAACGUAGUCACUGCAUGUUCAGGUGCCGAUUACCAAGGGAAUGAUUUUAAAGCACUGGUUUAUGAGUUCAAGGAGAAUACGAGCCAACCAAACAACAUUCUUCUCAACAAAGACAAGGUUGCACAUGUUGGUGACUUUGGGUUAGCACGAUCUCUUCUGAAUGCUAGUUAUAGCAACUCUGCACAACAAACAAGUAGUUCAAUUGGACUAAGAGGAUCCAUUGGUUAUGUUGCACCAGAGUAUGGCUUGGGAAGUGAGCCGUCGAUGCGUGGGGAUGUGAUGGUUUUGCCGGAAAGAGUAGCAGAUGUUGCUGAUUCAGGGCUUAUUCGACACGACGAAGUGGGAGAGACGAGCACAAAUCCCCGGCCUUAG